UAGGUCAUUUAAUUCUGAAAAUAGCUCCCAAUUAUAUGCAUUAUCUGGAUGGAUAAUCUCUCAUAUAGCAUUUCUGAAGCUUCAUGAUUUGAGAGUUGAAAAGGGCAUCUGUAUUGGAAGGAGGGAUGGCGGCAGCAUUUUCAUGGAUCAAAAUCGAUGAAACAGCUCAACAAGCACUCGUCAGAAUUCUCACGGAGCGGCCAUUCGUCGUCUUGCCCCCGCCGAUCCACCGGUUACCCGUCCGAGUCGGUAACGUAGUCGAAAUUGUUGGCCCUUCUCCUUCUGCCAAAACCCUAAUUCUCAUCCAGGCGGCGAUAAACUGCAUACUGCCUAAAGAGUGGAAAGGUGUGCAAUACGGAGGGCUGGAGCGCGCGGUGCUGUUUGUUGAUUUGGACUGUCGGUUCGAUGUUUUCAGUCUUUCACGAGCACUGGAGAGGCGGAUUGCUGAGACAACUGGAACGAAGAGCAGGUUGGAGAAACCUGAAUAUGAAUUUGACAAGGAUUUGUUUGCAGCAUGUAUGAAUCGUUUUCUGUACACAAGAUGUUACAGUAGCUAUGAAUUCCUUUCGACUCUUAAGACAUUACCUAAUCAGCUUCAGGACAAGGACAAGCAAGGUAGUGGUGCUGUUUACAUGCUUAUGAUAGACAGCAUUGGAGCCUUCUACUGGAUGGAUCGUGCUGUACCGUAUUCAUCAACAGGGAACUCCGACAGGAAGAGCCUUUCUCUUCAGACUGUGGCAGAAAGCGUAGUACAGGAGAUUCAGAAGAUUAUGUUGGUGCAUCCCUUGCUCGUUGUAGCUACCAAAUCAGUCGCAUUCAACGAUAAACAAUCAGCAACAGAAGUGAUGAGAAAUUCGGGAAGAAGAUCUGACGACAGGGUGCUGGAUUCCAGAGUUCAUCGCGAAUACAUGCCAUCUGUAUGGCAGUCCUUUGUUUCGCACAGAAUUCUUCUCAGCCCUUCAGAUACUGAAGGCCGGCGCCAUAAUCGACCUGCCUUUUCGACAGAAUGGCUGCUGCCACCACUGAAGUUCUCAGACAAUUUCACAGUACAUGAUAAUGGUGCUUUGGUUAUUAUAUGAAGUGGAUGGAAACUACACCAGAGUCCUCCUUACUUGGCAACUUCUGUAUGAUGUUUUGUAAAGUUGCCAUAAACAAGACAUUAUUACAGAUGUACUUUUAUAUUGAACAUUUAUCUACAUUUUUGCCCCUACUUCAUGUCAUCUCUUUAACUUUGA